UAUACCGUUUAAAACUCGCCGCUAGUGGAGAUUUCAUAGUAUCGCGUCCUUACCGAGCCUUGCUGGCUUUGGCGCGAUCGGCGUAAUGUUUACUAGCUGACGCAUUGAGCCCGCCUUCAUUUAGCAAACGUGCGCACGCCAUCCCCUCGGUGAUCGACAAUUUCGUUUUCAUCGGCUCGGUGGACGCUAACGUCACGUUAAUAAAUGUAAUGUCACUUUGGACGCGAUAUCUCGGCGCCAAAGAAUUGAAUUUAUGUGCAAGCGAGCCUCGGGCUUGUUAGCGUCGUGUAGCACGCGUCGGGAAAUGCCUUUCGCGAGCCACUACGUCAUUGCAUCGUAACCGACUUUGACUUGUUUGAUUGCGUAGAGCGACUCUCUGCAGGUCGGCUUUCAUUUCACACGUUGGAUUUGAACGGCGGGGCAGGAUCGUAGUGGACUGGGUCCACAGAGCGCCUGUAGUCAUGGUGAAAAUCUUUAUCGGCAAUUUGGCCUGCAACACCAGCGUCGAGGAGCUGCGGGGCCUCUUUGAGAAGUACGGCAAGGUCACAGAAUGCGACAUAGUCAAGAACUUUGGCUUUGUGCACAUGAGCCUCCUGUCCGAGGCCGAGGAGGCCAUCCAGAACCUCAACCAACACCAGCUGAACGGCUGGCGCAUGAACGUGGAGCUGAGCAAGGGCAGGCCCAAGUCGAGCACCAAGCUGCAUGUGGGCAACCUCGGCGAAGGGGUCACGGCGGACAUUUUGCAGGCUAAAUUUGAAGAGUUUGGCUCGGUUGUGGAAUGUGACGUAGUGAAGGACUAUGCCUUUGUUCACAUGGAGCGAAUGGAGGAUGCCAUGGAUGCCAUUAAUAAGAUGGACAACACUGCCUUCAAAGGCAAACUGAUGAGCGUACAACUGUCCACCAGUCGGCUGCGCACGGCCCCGGGAAUGGGAGAUCAUACCGGCUGCUUUGUCUGCGGGAAACAUGGUCACUGGUCGAAAGACUGUCCAGUCGAUCGCAACAAUAGCCACGGUGACGACAUGAGAGGUUUCGGCGGCCGCGGCCCCCCACGCGGUCCCCCAGGUUUUGGCAGGGGCGGCUACGGAAUGGCCGGCGCACCCCCUAAUUUCAUGGCUGGCGCUGCGUUUAAUCGGGCUAGUUAUGGCGGCGGAAUGCCGCCGCCGCCGCCCCCCCCUCCUCGGAGGCCUGGCUCUGAGGUGGGGGAUCGGUAUGGUGAGAGGUCUUCAGUUUACGACCGAGAUCGGGUGCACACUAGUGUUGACUACUAUGAGAAGUACAGACCUCGCCCUUACGGCUCGAGUUAUUUCGAGGAGCGCCGCAUGUCCUAUCUGCCCCCUCCCCCUCCGCCCCCACCCCCUUCUGCCCUCUCAAAGUUCUCGGGCAUGGACCCGUACGAGCGGCAUCCGCCGCCACCCGCACCGGCCACCCCUUCCGCUGCCGCUUACUAUGCGAGAGAGCACAACCCAAUCGGCCGGGCACCCGUCACACCGGCAGGCUACACGUAUGAGCGCAAGCGGCUAUCGCCCGUCCCCGCCGCCAGGGGCGGCUACAUGCCACGCUACGCGCCGUACUAAAAGCACACGGUCUUGGACUGAGCAUCAUUUUGUCAAGAUUCCAGACUACGUGGUGCCACGUUCAGCUUUUUUUUUUUUUUCUUUCCCCCUCUCCAUAAUGUCACAUUUAUUUCUCAGUUUUGAUUUUUUUUGUUUGUUUUAAUAUGUACAUUGGUUGCUUGUUUUGCAAGAUUUUCAGCUCGGAUUUUAGAUUUUUUUUUUUUUUUUUGUAAACCUUUUCACUUGUUCACACGUCAAUGUGGGAUUUUUUCUGGCAUCACUUGUCAUUUAAAAAGUUGGCUUCUAUCCGACACGUUUGUAUGUGAAUGCGGCGGAAGAGCCCAAAAUUUAAUGGAGACAUUUAUUUCCUGUAUCACUGAGUUUGUUUGCUUACUAAAAGCAAGUACGGAUGUUCAACUCAUCUGCUCAUGCUUUAUUACGCGUUUAUCCCAAAUUGUUUUCAGUGAAGUCAUUUGCUUCCUGUGUCAUAAAGUUCCUGUUUUUGCUUCAAUUACUGUUCAUGCUACUCUUAUUAGCAUUCAUGUUGGAUCGAAAAGCCACGCUAAAACUAUCCCACUAAGUUUAAGUUUCUCGAAUAGCAGUGAAGACAAAUUAUGCUUAAAAAAAACAUUCCAACCUCCCGUUUAUGACUACACAGUGUGUGUGAAAUUAAAACCUUUUUAUAUCACUUUUUUUGCCUUUCUGAAGUGACAGUUCUUUGAAAUAAAGUGUCAGAGUGAUGGCAAGGCAUGGAAUGUCAUUCCCCUGGCUUUCUGGUUUUGUACACAAAAUUCACUUUUUAUUUUUUCUUUUAAGGGGGGUCUCUUUUUGUAAAUCAGCAAGAAUCCUUGGGGUUAGUGACUGGGGGCUUGGACUUGAUGUCAAAAGGCACCAUUGUUCUGCCCUUUUUUUGCAUCGAGGUACAGGUGAAUGUUUUUCAUACUAGCUGUAAUAGCUGUAAUAUCAGCAUAUAUUUUUUAAAAGUAAAAUAAAAGACAAGUCAUUUUGGCAAGUA